ACGCGGAGAAGCAAAAGAAAGCAAGCAGAGAAAGAGCAGUACUCUGCCUUGCAGUGCGGUACCUAUUCUGGCUAUCUCUCUGUUUCUUCAUCUCCAUCACCAUCAACAUCUCCAGAAGCUCCAAAAGAAAAAAGGCCCCAAUAACGAAAUCAGCUCGAUCAACCCCAAAUUCAGAGACAUUCCAUGUGGAUUGGACCUGUGAAACAAAGACAAAUUUCUCCUUCUCCGUCACCAUGAAAUGGGUCUCCCUCUACCUUCCCCAUCAACCCCUCUCCUCUCUCUCAUUCUCACCAUAUCCAUCCUGUCUGGUUUCCUCCUCAUCGCUCCCGUCAAUCCUUCCUCUGACUACUCGAGCCUGGUCUACAAGGGCUGCGCCAACCAGAAGUUCCAGGACCCGACGGGGGUCUAUGCCCAAAACCUCAAGUCCCUCUUCUCCACUCUGGUCUCCCAGUCCUCCGCUGAGUCCUACUCCUCCGCCACCGUAGGGGAGGGCGGAGAGGCCAUCACUGGGCUGUUCCAGUGCCGCGGUGACCUCACUAACUCCCAAUGCGGCACCUGCGUGAGCAAGAUCCCGAAAAUGGCAGGCAGGCUCUGCGGCAAGACGAUAGCUGCUAGGGUUCAACUCAUCGGGUGCUGCCUCCAGUACGAGGUGGCCGGGUUCAAGGAAGUUCCCAACACGGAGCUGCUGUACAAGGUGUGCGGGUCGAGCCUCGCGAGCGGGGCCGGGUUCAGGGAGAGGCGGGACGCGGCGCUGGCGAUGGUGGAGAGCGGGGCAGGGAAGAGCGGGCUGUUCUACACGAGGAGCUACCAGAAUGUGUAUGUGCUGGCUCAGUGCGAGGGGGAUUUGGGGACCGGGGAGUGCGGGGAAUGCAAGAAGGCAGCAGUGGAGACCGCGAAGUCGGAGUGCGGAGGGGCCAUCUCCGGGCAGGUUUACUUGCGGAAGUGCUACAUCAGCUACAGCUACUACCCCAAUGGAGUCCCCAGUUUGCCUUCCCCCUCUUUUUCCACAGCAGGACCAGGUCCAGGGCACAAUACCCAGAAGACAGUGGCAGUGGUGGUGGGAGGAGUUGCCGCGGUGGGCUUCGGCAUCGUUUGCUUGCUGUUCGCAAGGUCGAUUUUCAAGAAGCGCAAUCCCUUUUUUGAUGAUUGAUGAUGUUCUCUCUUCUCACGAAUCUCAUUACACGGUUAGGCUCAGAUUAAUAGAUUGGACACUUUAGAUAUACUUACACAUACAUAUAUUUAUAGAUAGGAACAGCUCGGCUAAAUGAUUGGGUUGCUUUUAGGGGGUAUCAUGGAAGGAAUGAGUGAACAGGGCGGAGAUGAUUUCUGGAGAUAGCUAUGGCUUUUCUUAAAGAUGGAUAGGUAGGUGUAAACCAUUAAUUUGUCAGCUUUUAUUGUGAAAGCAAAAGCAACUUGGUACCAUUGGGCUCCUUGUAAGUUGCAAUGAGAAAAGAAUGCUCCUAUUUCAUUUCAUUAUUAUUGUUA